UCCUUUCCCUGGGCUGCAGCCCGUCCACUUCACCAAACUGACACAUCUGCUUCAUCAGACUUGAGAGCCAACCCUGACAAGGGGAAGUUAGCUCCAUUUCUGUGAAUCCUUGUCAGUGCGUGUAAUUCUUACUCGCUCCAAUACUCUGCUGGGCUGUUUUGCUGGCUGUUGGUAGAUGAAGUGAAAUGUACCCAGUGUUCACUUCAGCGAUAAUUUUACUUAAGUCAUUCCUGAGUUGCAUGUAAAGAUAAUCCUGAGAAUGUGACCUCUGUUUUGUUUGAGGCAUCUUCUCUGUGUCUUCAAAUGCUGUAAGGCCAUUAGCAAGCUGUCCAUCUUAAAGUUUAAGUCAGGUACAAGAAUAAGCCGUUACUUUAACUUGAACGUGCCUUCUGUGGAGGUCUGGAGGUUACUGAAGAUUUUUAUAUUUUUUGGAUGGUUUCUUCAAGAGUAGAACGGCAUUUUCGGUUACAAAAUCUCCCAUCUCGUCUCCCUUCCUUCUUGCACUGAAAGCAAGCUUGUACUGCAUUUCUAAAUAACACCUCAAUCUCAAGAAAGCUGAUUCUUUGUAAGAUUUUAUGCUAUUGGUAGACUUAAAUGAGCAUCGUUACACGUGGGCAGCUUAGCAGAUAUCAGCUUCUAGUUGCUGUUGAAAGCCAAAUAACUCCAUUCUGCUGAAGAGAAUAAAUCUCUGAAGUUAAUGCAAUUCUCAUGUAUACAUCAGAGUACCAUUAUACUGCAUAAUGAACUGCAAUAUAUAUUACAAUAGCCAGUAUUAAAAUCUUAAGUUCUAUGAAUUUUUGAUAAGUCGAUAAGUUAACAUUUUAAGGCUCUGAGGUUUUUCUGAAGUUUUCCUUUGGGGUUUCUUGCUUUCCAUUGUUUCAGCUCUUUUCAGUAAUUUUAAGUCUAUAACUUUUAAGUUAUUUUCAGUUUUUGUUUUAAUGAAACUUGGAAAGAAUAACUAGGGCAGAUGUAAAAAGAAUUCCCCUUAUAGUGGUAAUUUAUUUCCCUGAAUAUUUCUCUAUACAAACUCCUGGAAAUGAGGCUUGCCAGAUGUGAACUGUUUAUGUGAUGCUUUUUGUGUUUUUGUGCCACUUAAAGCUGAGAACGUGGACGCAGAUAUUGCUGUGCAUCACACAUUUUAGCCUUAGUGAAAUAGAGAAUCAGAGAAUCACACUUAAUAGAUGAUGUUGAGAGCUGAAAAUCACCUAGCUUCCCUUUUUAAUUCUAAAAUUCUGAACUGAAGGGCUCUUCAGUGUAAAGAUAAAUGCUGAAAAAAAAAUCUAGUGAUAAUUUCUACUUCCCACUGUGUUCAGUAAUGCUUCUCUUCAAAGCAGAUGUAAGUAAUUAUGAAGACUUUUGCUUCAUAAAAACCUUCUAACAUGUUUAAAAGGACAUUCACUGAAGUUAAAUUUGCUAACCCUGACCUUUCUCACCUGCCUUGCCAGUCAGAGAAGAGAUCUGCUAUUCCAAAAGAUAGUUCAGAUGUGAGAUUAGACUUCUAUCUGGAUCACUGUUUUAUAUGGGAAUAAUUUGCAGGUGUAGUUAUAUAUGGAAAUUUCAAACUUAGCACAUGAGAAGGUCAGAAUAUGGGAUGGCAGAUGUCAAUGUUGUUUUGGCUGACAACAGCCACUGAAUACAUGCUAGGAUUAGAGCUACCAGAUGACUAAAUCACAACUGAGAUUUUCAGUGGACAUUGUAAUGUUGGCAUCAAUUUUACAAGUAAGGACUAUUGUCUAAUGCUUUAUUGUUUUUAUUGUUGCUUUUCCUUGCAAUUGAUCUGAUGCCGCUUUUGUCUUCCAUAUUCCUAACUGAUAUUUCUUACAGAUUAAGAUGGUUUAGGCAAAGAACCUGAUAAGGACUACUUCUUAUACACUAAACAGCAUAUGAGAGGCAUUACCUGUGACUACGAGCUUGAAUUUCCCAUGCAGCUCACAUCAUCAUUGAUUUGGACCCCCAGAUUCCUAGGACUGGAGCUGUAAGAAGUGGUUCUUUUGAAAUGGUCUCUACUCUGAUUAAACACAACUGCAGGAUCCACCAGCCAUGUGUAAAACGUUGGUCUGCAAUGCAUGAAGCUGCAAAACAGGGACGCAAAGAUAUUGUUUCUCUUCUUCUGAAGAACGGUGGAAAUGUGAACCUUAAGGAUGGGUAUGGAGUAACACCAUUAGGUGUUGCUGCUGAAUAUGGUCACUGCGAUGUGCUGGAGCAUCUCAUUCAUAAAGGUGGUGAUGUCCAGGCCUUAGCAGAUGAUGGUUCAUCAAUACUAUUUGAAGCGGCAGGAGGAGGAAAUCCAGACUGCAUAUCGCUUCUUCUGGAAUAUGGAGGAAGUGGCAAUGUGCCCAAUAAGGCAGGACUGCUUCCCAUACAUAAGGCAGCUUAUGAGGGGCAUUACCUGGUCCUGAAGUAUCUCAUUCCAGUCACAUCCCAAACUGCAAUCCAGAAAAGUGGGAUAAGCCCUGUUCACUCAGCUGCAGAUGGCCAAAAUUCACAGUGCCUAGAGCUCCUUAUUGAAAAUGAUUUUGAUGUCAAUACUGUCUUGGAUGAUCAUAUCUCAAAUAGUUAUGAUGAUGAAAGGAAAACUGCACUCUAUUUUGCUGUUUCUAACAAUGACAUUCUUUGCACUGAAAUAUUACUGAAAGCUGGUGCAAAUCCGAACAAGGAUCCUUUGAACUGUCUUCUUGUGGCAAUAAGAGGUGGUAACCAUGAAAUAGUAAGGCUGCUUCUAUCUUACGGAGCAAAUGUCAAUUGUUACUUUAUGAUGGUUAAUGAUACGCAUUUUCCCAGUGCCAUCCAGUAUGCCUUGAAUGAUGAGGUGAUGCUAAGGCUGUUACUGAAUCAUGGAUACAAUGUGGAGUUGUGCUUUGACUGUAUGCAUCAAGAUGUCUUCGGAAAUUCUUUUGUGUGGUCAACUCCAGAGGAAGAGAUUCUCCCAGGGUGGACUUCUUCUGUAAUAAGGGAUAAUCCAUUCUGUGACUUCAUCUCUGUUCCGUGGUUGAAACACUUAGCAGGAAAAGUUGUUCGUAUUUUUAUAGAUUACAUGGAUUAUGUUCCACUAUGCACAAAAAUUAAGUUUGUUCUAGAAACACAGAAGGAAUGGACAGAGAUACGUCAGAUAUUGGACAAUCCUCGCCCAUUGAAACAUCUGUGUCGCCUGAAGAUACGUAAACUCAUGGGGCUGUGGAGACUGCAGAAGCUGUCAUCCAUGAAGAAGUUUCCACUUCCACCAGUUCUCCGGAACUACAUCCUAUAUAAAGAAUAUGAUCUGUAUGGAAAAGAGAUACAUUUAGAAUAGUUUUUAAUAAUAACUGUGCACUAUUUUAAUUUCUUUUCUAUUUUCUACUGUCUGAAGAUUUGCUUGAUGAUUCUAUGAUUCUAUGUUUUAUAUAUGUUCACAACAUUCUGCUAUGUAUUGUAAUUAGUUCUUUGAUGGGCACAAAUUUUUCUUCAAACCUAGUAUGUUUUAACACAAGAUUGUACUUUUCAAAUCUAGGCUAAAAUCACAAUAAGGGCACUAUAAUAAUUAUGUAGAAAAGAAUCACUCUAAAUGGGAAUGUGGAUGAAUAAAAGACAAAAGAUUUUCCUGGUAGUCUUCCCUGUGAGGAUGAUAAAUGCACACUCAGUUUGUGGCAUGAGUUUAUGUAGAAAAGAGAAGAAAUGCCUAAUAUAACUUGGUAAGGAAAAUUAAACCUCUAAAUGCAGUUCUCUGACAUGUAAUUGGCAGGAAAUACAUCACAUUUCGUAUCUGGAAAAUCAUUAUUCUAUUAUAAAAUUCUCCAAACACUUCAAAGAGUCUUUUUAGCUAUUUUUACCAAUCAGUGUUCCCAGGUACAUCUACUUGUCAGUACAGUAUGUCAGCGUAGAAAGUUUUAAUGCCCAGCAAAGAUUGAGGGAUGUCAGGCUUCUUUAAAAAAAGAGUAGAUCUUGACUGGCAAACCAAGCAGGAAAUCAAGUAGCUUUUCCCCUUAGUUGAGAAAUGGUACAAUAUCAUAAUUUAAUCAUGAUUCCUACAGAGAUUUGUCAGUUCAUUUCUCAACCAGACUAAACAAGACCCUUAGUCACAUACUGCGAUAUACUUGGCAGCAUGUUUCUGUGCGUGCCCAGAAUAAAACACAUCUGACUAAAUAUCCUUUAUAUUAUCCCAUUAAAAGUGGAUUGCACUUGUUCUUUUGCUACGCAUACACACACACACACAAGAUCAGCCGAAGCAUCCUUCUGCCCCAUUCCUUAGGCUGGCAUUCCAUGUUCUCCAGAGUGUGUGCUUGGUGUAUAUAACUUAACACCUCAAUCAGAAUUGAAAAAUUCCACUCCCCAAAGCAGACGUAUCAGUCAUUUGUGGGUCUGUCCUUUCUCACAAUAUAUUUACAGGAUAAAAUGGAAGAAGUGAAGAUUAUUGGUCAAGGACACGAAGAGUGUUAUAAAAGAAGGCUUAGUUGUUGCUUCUGCUCUCACUAGAGCUAAUCCUCAUCUGAAUUUCCAAGACCCAUCCUCUGUUGCUUUGCCAGACAUUUUUACUAGGAUAAAGAGAAAGAAUUCGGUUAUUUGUGUGAAAUCUCUUGGUAUCUGGCUGACACACUGAGCCACUGCCAGCAGGAUGUCCCAGGUGGUGGAUGGCUCCACACAUGGCCUGAGGCCGAACACGCAGUGAAACCAUCAUGGCUGUCCGCAGGCAAGGCUCCCCAGGCCAACUUAUCUUGGGCACACCAAUCUGUGAGCUGGUUUCACUGUGUGGGGAUUUCUAAACAGAAAUAUGGGCUUAAUAAGACUUAAAUAGUGGUAGUUUCGGUGAAUCCAGUGACCACAACGUGCGGAUCUGAACGGUCACAUAUUUGAUACCAUACACUGCAACCAGUGAAGGAAACAUGAUCAAAUGGGCUUUAGAUGGGAGGCUUAAGACCCCUUCUGUGGUGAGAGCCAAAUUCCAUUAGUAAUUCUAGUUCAUAGACCAAGGUUUAUAUUUAGGGCUGUAUACACGCCUCAGGCAAUAGUUACAUUGCCUCUGGCAUCAAAGCAUUCAGCUCUAGGGCAAAGUAUUGCCUGAAAUGUUUAAAAUAUCAUGGACUGCUCCAUAAAAUAUCAUUAGGUAAGUUAAAAGACCUUAUUGUGCUUAUCUUAUUAACGAUGUAUCUGGGCCAUUUUUGUUAUUUGUCAUCCUGUUGCCACAAUACUGUGGCAUAAUCCUGUGUUAAAGUUUUUCUUUCCCUCAACAUUGAAGAUGCCAGUUUAUCAAAGACUUCCUCCUCCCCUCAGCCCUUAAAGGAGAUUUAACAUUAUAGCGAAGCAUCCGGAAUGCCUCCAAGGCACCUGUGGUCUGAAUGGAGAAGCAAGGGGCAAAACUGUGUUUUAAAUGGAAUAUGAGAAGAGAUAUAUGGAUACAGAAAGGAAACUAUUUAGUUUGUGCCAUGCUUUUGGCAAGUUAGGAAUUGAACACAAGCCUUUUGAUUCCUGUGUUUUAGAUCGAGAGCACUGAACGUUUGUGGGGUUGAAUAUGUGUUAGUGAGAGCAGGAAAUGUGUGAAGAGAAGUGAGGGCAGCAGCCCCAGCUGAGAGAAGAGAUUGCUAAGAAAAAAACAACUCCUUUUCCUCUCUAUUUGGAUACUGAUUGAACCUUUGUAGAGCUGGAUUUUCAUUUUCUCUGCUAUUUGGGUGUGUCUCAUUGGGUGUUCCAUCCCAGUCCAAUUCCAUAGCAUGUCUACCCUAUGGGCAACACUGGCUAGAUGUAAAUAAAUGUCCUAGUUUUGAUUCAGGCAUGCUCUGGGGUAGGGACUCUGAUCAGCUGGGGGCAAUGCUUGAAAGCAGUGAUAUCAUUUGGACUCUGUUUCUCUUAAAAUCUGACAGAAACAGCUGCACCAGGCUGAUCAGAUCUCUGAGGAGCCAGGCAUUCAACUGUGGUUACAUCAGCCUUUCCAGCACCAGUGAGAUGGACUUUGUAGCUGUGUUUUCAUAGCUUGGUGUAGGACCAAACCACAGCCAUGAGUUAUAGGACUAGCUAUUGCCUUUAGAGCCCAUAAUGUUGCUUAUGCCUUCUGUAAAACUUCCAUGCACUGGCUACCAUCUAAUCUUGGAUGCUGGCAGGGCAGAUCCUUGCUCUGCAUAUCAAGUGGGGGACAGUUUUACUGUUUCUGUGCAGGUGUCAGUGUUCUGGCUUGGGCUCUCCGUGCCUGAGCUGCCUUUGCUCAGAUCAUUUCUGAUAGCAUGCGAGCCAUGCAUGGAGAAACUGUCACAAUGUAGUGCUCUUCUGUGUCUACCUUUGGUUAGGUAAAGGGAUUUUCCUAACCCUCAUUUGAGGUAGAAAAAGGCUUCUAAAAUAGCCAACCACUUAGCUAUGGUUUGCGUGGGGGAAAAGUGGUGUAAACUCAUGAGCGCGUAUCUCUGUAGUAGAACAGGUCUCACCUCUUUAGGUUUUUCCAGAACUCCCUUUAAUAUGAACCUGGUCAUCAGUCUCUUUACCUCUGUCUUCUUCUGUGUAGCCAGCUCUCUGCUGUACUCAGCCACAACUAUAGUCUGCCUGUUGAGUCAGUCCAUUUAAAGCCUUCUUCCCACUUUCUUAUUUUGUUAUUCAUAUGAUCCCUGAUAGAUCUUUGCUCAAAGAAGUUGAUAUUAGGAAAAGUAAUACCAGCCAAAGUAAAUUUCAGCCUUAAUGGCUCUAUUCUGUCUAGUUCUCUGCCUUCCUUUCCACUGGAAAUCAUUUGUUUAGGAUUCAGGAAUUAAAAAUGGAAUGUUGUCAUCCAAGUUUUCUACCUUUCGGAGUCUUUUUU